UGCCAUUGGCUGCAAAAAUCUGACGCAAGUUAAGGAAAGUAGGAAGUGAAGUGUCCUGAUGGGGCUUGUUUGUUUCGUUUUCUAUUAGUCAAACCACAAAGCAAAAGUUGUUAAUCAUUCAUGAUACUCUAUAUCAGGUAACAUGAGUGACUUUACAGUAAACCCUUACGCUUGGAUUGGUAUUGGGUCCAGUUUUGCUUUCUCUGGCCUUUUCUAUCGUCUAUACCAGGACAAAAAGAAAGAAUUAGAAAAACUGAAGGAAAUACCUAUAUUCAAGCCUGAUCAACAUUUGCUUAGUGUAGUGAGAGCUUCCCCUCACAAACGACUCCAGUAUGUCGCUGUAGAAGGUAUGGUACAAGCUGAUGGGGAGCCUAUAGCCAGUCAGUACGCCCCACGAUGCUCCGGUGUGAUUCAGAGAAUAGCAGUCGAGGAGCGCUGGAAAUAUUGGAACUCUUUCACCAGGACAUGGAAUUCUCGGACAAUGAACAAGAAGGAAACAAAGAACUCUGUCCCCUUCAGCUUGGUGCAGCCUGGAGCUUACAUCAACGAUCUCUAUGUCAAAGUUCACAACCCUCUGGAGGCAUCAGGGCACUUUUUGGACAGAGUUUACCACAAGAUAAAGCACGCCGAAGAGGAUAUGGUGAAUAUUGUACUGCAGGGCAUCAGUGGAGAGAAACCUGGUGCACUGGUGGAGGAGGAGGAGAUGUUGAAAGUGGGGAGUACACUAACUGGUUUUGGAGAGGUAGUCCUGGAGGGGGGACAGGUAAUGAGGCUUCAGGCACCACAGGACGGACGCAAGUUCAUCCUAGUCCCUGGUGACUACCGCAGCUUCAUGGACAGACAUGAGAGCUCAGCCAGCAUGUGGAAGACACUCACCGCACUUACAGGAAUCACAGGAGCUACCAUUCUGGCAGCUGUCAUUUACAAUGCAGUUGGGGACCAAGACGGCAGAUCUAAAAAGUGAUUCUAAUGGCACACAGUAUUGGGUUGUUAAAGGUUCAUCUCAUAGAUAUUUCUUAAUUUGAACUGAUUUUUUUUUUUUUUGGAAUCUUGUUUGGCUACGAGGUAAUGGACUAAAGUCUAAAAUCUAUACCAUGAGACAAUAUUGGAAUUUCUGGUUUUAAUCAGAAUUUAGUUUUAUUGCCACUGCCAGUGAUGAUAAAAUAAAAAGGGCUCAAAACUGGAUAAA